UACCAUUUAUUCGUCUUUGUGCCAACGUCUCGAGAACUUGUACACACACACACAGUUGUUUAAACAUUAUUAACUUGUCCAAACAUGUUUUAAUGUGUUUUUAAUCGUAUUAUUGUUAUUAUGAUUUAUCGUUAUUGUAAAUCAGUGACUUAACGAAGUGAUACGUUUGUUUAAUAACACCGGGAAUUCCUGCCAUUUUCACGAUGUACACACACGGCACGACCGGCUCGAGUAUAGACCAGGUAGAGGAUGGAAGUAGCCUAUAAAACACUCAAUAAAUUUACCGAAAUACAAUGACACGACUCACUAUGAACAAAGACGUGGAGUGCCAGAGGGAACUAUUGUCAGACAAAGAAUCAAACCAACAACGUGCUGAGGAGAAGUCGGAUUAUCAGAAGGCACCUUAUUUCAUUAUUUCCCUGUUAAUAAUUUUAAUAUGUGUUCAUUUAUCACUGCCGGAUAAUGCGCACGUGUGGCUCGAAUGGCCGCCGGGGGCGUGGUGGCGGGAGCCCUGGAGACUCGUCACCUACAGCUUCGUCCACGUCUCCGCCUCGCAUUUCUGUCUCAAUGCACUUGUUGCUCUCAUUGUCGGAUGGGCAUUGGAAAUUGAAGAAAGAUGGUGGCGAGUGCUUAUCGUGUGGGUCGGAGGUGUCGUCGCUGGAGCACUGGGCGCUGGCCUGCUGCAGCCAACUGUUCGAGUAGCGGGUGCUUCGGCAGCUGUGUACGCGCUGCUAACCGCGCAUAUACCCAAUGUAUUUCUAAGGUAUAAUCGCAUCAAGCUCUGUUGGUUUCGCAUUCUGAGCGUGGUGGUGUUAAGUGGAUCUGAACUGAUCUGGACGUUAAUAGAACACUCAUGUGCAAGUAAUGCAUCAGUGCUUGCGCAGUCGCAACAGCACCCUGUCGCAUGGUCGGCACACUUGCUGGGGGCGAUAGUUGGUGUUCUACUCGGUUUUAUUAUUUUCAAAGUUACCGAAGAUAAUCCAUACCAGUUCUUCAAUAAGAUCUGCCGCAUCGUGUCCGCUGUGUUACUCGUAUUGACUAUUCUGGCCAUCAUCACUUAUUAUGUGGUGAUGGAAAACCUGUAUAACUAAACCACGAUGGCAGCUCAGACCGCAGUACCAAGAUCAACCUCUAGCCUCAGCCUAAUCUUCUGAAUUCAUAUUCAUGGUUGAAACAUUUAAAAAAGGUAAAGCCUAAGAUUAGGUAAAGUCAUCUUCUGGUCAACCACGUCGGAAGCUGCAACAUUUUUGACAUUCAAGCCUGGUGAUGACCUCAUUGACGGUUUUAUCAUCGACUUAAACAGAUCUUCUAGACAAAUCUACUUGUAAACUUAUUUAUGCUACUCCACUUAGGAAAUACGAGUAGAAUGUGACAAUGAGACUUGAAUCUUGUUUUUCUCAUGCGUAUAGUAACAUAAUGUAGCAAAUUGCUAAAAUUAUUUAUCAUUAUCAUCAUGUCAUACCAGCCUUUAACUGUCCACUGCUGAACAUAAGCUUCCCCCUUGGGGAAUGCUUUGCCAGUGGUUGCAAUGCUUGACAGUUGGAUUGGCAACCGCAGUAAAGCUUUAGAGUUGUUUUAAGAGAAACGCCGCUGCCCAUUCCUCGCCUUCCCUUAGUCACCUCUUACGACACCCACGGGAAAGGAAGGGGUGGCCCAUUCUAUGCCGGGACCACACGGACAAAAUUACUUUUAUUUGUAUACCUUUAAUUAGCGGUAAAGGUAUUCAAAAUAUUUAACUAUGGCACAGGUAUAUGUUUAGUAUUUGUUCAUAGUUACUAAAACAAUAUACCUAUGAGCCAGGUGUGUAUUACUCUUUAAAAUAAGAGUUAAAUUUAACUUUUUGGUUAAGUAAAUAAUUACUUGACUACUGUAUGAGAGACUGAGAUGUCCGUUUGUUUUCUACAUUUAUGUUCUAUACUUAUAGCGAUUAUACGUAGCUAUUAGUAGAUUUGAUGGUGGUUACAGGCCAUGGUUACACCUGUCUUCCAUGUAAUUUGAGAAUUAUUGAAUAGUGAUGCGUUGUGUAAAGCUAUACAAAUUUGACAACAAUUGUACAAAGAAUUAAAAAAUAAGCUUAUAAUUAAAAAAAAAAACGAUUGUGAUUUGUGUAUGUACAGUAGAUGGUAAACUAUUGAAUACGUUUUAUACUCAAAAAAAUAAUGUUAUAAUUGCAUUUAUUUGCGUGCCAUAAUCUUUGUAAAUUAAAAGAUAUUAUCACUAAAUAUAUUUAAUGUUUGUAUAUAACUGUAAGUAAAUAACGGUAAAUGUACUUACUUCGUUGUUUCGACUUCGUCUGGAAGUCUUCUUUAGUAUUUACGUGGCAGCUAACUAUAUAAUAUAAGUUUUAAAAAUUAUAUGUAUUAUGUAAAUAAAAACAAAAAUAAAUAUAGUGAUUAUAAAAUGAGCUCGGAAUUUUUUAAACUUCUACAAAAAAUGUACAAAGAAAUAUUUUUCGUUAUUUAAUUUCGUACGAGGACAAUUAAUAUAAUCCUAUUAAAUGUACAUAUAAAUGCAGUUCAUUAAAAUACUGCAUAAACGAACACUAAUUUUUAGUUCGAAUGAGUACCAAAUACAUUUAUUAUUGUAUUAAUGUACUCAAUAUGUCUUGGUCUGACGUAUUAAAAAAAAAAAGUUCCAAACUUGGCCAAAAAUUAUGUAAACAUAUUUAUUAUUUAUUAACUUUAUCAAAUAAUUAUCUUAAAUUGUUAUAAUAAUAUAAAAUUACUGGUGCACCAGAUCAAGCUUUAAAUGAACGCACUCUUUAACAAAAUAUCGCCCUGACUCAAAAUAGACAAAAAGAGUUUUCAUGGAACUAAAACAAGAGUAAGACUUCAUAAACUAGUUAAGGAAGUCAAUUUUCUUUAAACCUUCUUUUUUUUUUAUAUACUGUUCUAAGGAAAAGACGUUGCACUAAAACUCUUUUUAACAAUGUUGAGUCAGAACAAUAUUUUAUUAAAAGAAUUUUGGUAAUAAUUAUUAACAAUCUAUACUUAUAAAAUAAAAAUACUACUAGCCUUAUUCGCGUGGCAAAAUAUUUAAAUAACUAAAUAGUCUUAAAAUGUGAAAUAAUCAGCAUUUACUAAGAAUAAAAAUAUUUUUUUAAUAAUUUAACAACCAUGUUAGUAUAAUAUUUGCCAUCGACUAGUGUGAUGUUAUGAUACCAAAGAAAACUAAUUGCUUAGCGUACAGUAAAGGCAUAAUAUUACUUUACUUUACUUUACUUAACAUACUUAAUUUUAAGACAUCAUUACCAGAAAUCUGGAGUCAAGUAAUUUGUCAUACACUUGACAAAUUUUACUGAGAUUUAUUUUUAAAUCAAUCUUUUCAUUGAAACUAUUUUACAAUGAAAUAAUGUUCUACUUGUCUCUAGAACAAUCAGACCUGUUGAAACUGUACAAUCUAUUAAUUCACUUUGUAAACUUGAUGUUUGCAUACAAACAUGCAAACAUUAUUCUGCUAUUUUGUUUUUUCUCAUAAGGAUCUGAAUAUUUCCAAAAUGAUGAUCUCAAAUAACAUGUACUUUAAUCAGUUUUCAAUUGUACAAGAAUUCAGGAGUGGCAACGCAUGAGAUCUCUGUCAAAGAACGCCAUCUGUUCUGUAGAGGCUCAUCAACUCGUCUGCCAAUGAAAUAUAUUCAUAAACUGGCAAAUCGAACUAUUAUUUAAAAAGAUCUCGAUAUUGUAAUCUAUUUAAAAAAAAAUAAAGAACUUACUUGAACAGAAUUUACAAUAAAUUACAAUACCUACUUGUAUAACAAUUAGUCCAUUACCUUAAGGUUGUCUUGAAAAGAUUGCUCUCAGCAAUAAGACCGCCUUACUGUACUUAUACAAUUGUAUCGUUGUGUUUGUAAAUUGUCUUGUUUAUUUCCUAUAUUGUAUAAUGCAAAUAACGUAUACUCAUUCAUUCAUUCAUUCGUAACAAUAUCGAGAGCUUUUUAAAUAAUAAUUCAAGUUCAUAAAUGAUAAAUGAUGUAAAUAACUUAUGAUCUAUUUAUUUGUUAUUGUUGUUGUUUUUAUAUGUUUUGUUUGUUGUAUGUGUGUUGUGUUUUAAUUUAAUGGUUUAAUGUUAUUGUAAAAAUAUUGUGUACAAUAUUAAUGAUAGUCAUACAUAUCAUAUGAAAGUAUUAUUUUGUUGAUUCAGUUAUUUCAGAUUAAGGGGAAACCAGAGACCCUUCAUAGCCGUUCAGGUAUAAUUUUACAAUACAUAGUUUUUCGAAGCUAGCGACAUCUUGCGUAUGGUGAAGGGAAUCGUAACGUUACUCUGGUUUGUUCCAUAUUCUGAAUCUAUUAAGUAUUCAAAAUGUAAAAAGAAAAUUGUUCACUGUAAGAUAAAAAAAAAAAAUUGUGCUCUAAGCAAAUUAUAAUAGUUUUCUAAAAGUUUAUUAUUAAAGUGUAAAUAAAUUAUUGAACACUGCCAUUUUGUAAAAUAACUUUUUUAUACGAUAUAUAACUAAACGAAAUAAAAUAUAUAUUCUUGACAAAUUUGCUAA